CAAACCCGAAACAGUAGGCGCCUUUAACCAAAAUUUUCCCACUUAACAAAAAAGCCGUGAAUUCAGCGGCCACUCCACUCACAGACUCACUGACACCGCCGCCGCAAAUUCUCUCCGUCGUCUGCUUUCACCGGUGGCGAUUCUCAGGUUUUCUCGUCGUCUUCUCAAAUUCCAGCUCCCGCGGAGCUCGCCGGAGAUGGCUGCUGCCACAGCCGCCGGAUCGGCCGUCGCCGCCUUCAAGUCCGCCGGAAUUUCCCUGAAGAAACUAGCCAAUUUCCGGGAUGUCUCGUCUCCGUUGAAGCUCCCUGUUUCCUUCAAAUUGCAGCUCCGAUCCGCUAGAUCCUUAUCGUCCGGGUUAAAGGCAGAAGCUUCAACAGUUGAAAAUAUUGGAAGUGAAGCAGCACAAACAGUGGAAUCUCCCGUUGUAGUUGUCACGGGAGCUUCCAGAGGCAUAGGCAAGGCAAUUGCUUUGGCUUUGGGGAAAUGCGGUUGCAAGGUUCUGGUUAAUUAUGCGAGAUCAUCCAAGGAGGCAGAAGAAGUUUGUAAGGAGAUUGAAGUAUCUGGCGGGCAGGCUCUUACUUUUGGUGGAGAUGUUUCAAAAGAAGCAGAUGUGGAGGCUAUGAUUAAAACUGCAAUCAAUGCAUGGGGAACAGUAGACGUUCUGAUCAAUAAUGCAGGUAUAACGAGGGACACAUUAUUGAUGAGAAUGAAGAAAUCUCAGUGGCAGGAGGUCAUUGAUCUAAAUCUCACUGGAGUUUUCCUAUGCACGCAGGCAGCUGCUAAAGUUAUGAUGAAGAAGAAAAAAGGAAGAAUUAUUAACAUCUCAUCCGUUGUUGGUCUUGUCGGAAAUGUUGGGCAAGCCAAUUAUAGCGCUGCUAAAGCAGGAGUAAUCGGAUUCACAAAGACAGUCGCCAAAGAGUACUCUGGCAGAAACAUCACUGUAAAUGCAGUUGCUCCCGGAUUCAUUGCCUCCGACAUGACUUCUAAGCUUGGAGUAGAUUUCGAGAAGAAGAUCCUAGAGGCCAUCCCAUUGGGACGCUACGGCCAACCCGAAGAAGUUGCUGGGCUGGUGGAGUUCUUGGCCCUUAACCCCGCGGCAGCUUACAUCACCGGACAGGUACUAUCCAUUGAUGGAGGAGUGGCCAUGUAAGAUUGUUGAACUAUGCUGCAUCUUCAUUCCAAUCACGUCGGUUUUAAAAAAGCUGAGUAAAUCGAAAUCCAUCGUGACGUGUUCCUCGUCAAAUUUCGAGCAAUACUCCGAAUAAUUUGAUCAUUUGGUGGAGUUUAGAGUCGUCAUGUUUGAUAUGUGAAAAAACAAGGUAUUGAAAUUGAAGUCGAAAUGACAUCGUGCAUAAUUCAUUGAGUAUUAUGCAACUCAAAUAAAUGAGAACUUGGGAAUCAUUAAGAAUGAA